GAAUCUAUAUUAUGUCUUUCAAACUAUAUGUAUUCGCCACCGAAGCAUUAUAGUAUAACAAACUUUGUCAGUAAGUUUAACAUAAGACUUGUCGAACCUUCUUCAAUGAAAGAUGUUGUGCUACCUAAAGACGGAAAGGAUGGACUCAUUAUUGAGAUGAUUUUAAUAGCAUAUUAA